UUAAAUUUCCUAAAACAUCGAAGGGGAGAUUAUUACAGCAGUAGAUCGAAACAAUUUUUCAACAGACUUUUUAUUAAAUGUUCGAUCUAUGCAGGACGAUUGCUUUCAUAUUUUACCUUGACUAGUAGCUUAGUAGAACCAUGUCUCCGGUUCCUAAAGAAGACCGUGAGAAACCAGUUGAUGACCACCCUGAUAGCAACAAUGUAGAAAAUGAUGAGAACCUUCCAGAUUUUGUUAUUUCGCUAACCAGCUCUGAAAGUGAUCCUGAGAGUGAAUUGGAUGGAGAAUAUGCUGGUUAUGAGCUGUUACCACAGGAUCCUGAAAUCCUGGAGGCACAGCAGCCUCGAGACAUUUCUGAAGAAAUGGAAGAAUUGCCUCAAACAAUGAAUUCUAAUGACCCUGUCUCCAAUCUCAGUGCAGGAAUAGAUGAAACUGGUGCACUACCAUUAUCAAUCCCUGACCCACCAAAAGAAGAUGCAGCAUCCCUUCUUUGGAACCAAAUACCAUUAAUGGCAGCCGACAAUUUGGAUGAGAACGCUGACUGAUCAUGCAAAUCCACCUCCGGAAGUGGAGAGCAAUUGACAUAUUCCCGUCUAUGUCAGCUAACUCUGAUGAGCGUAUUUAUAUAAUUGUUUUGUUGCCUAACACUCAAUUGUAUUUUUUUGCAAAACCGAUUGGUAAGACCAACUGUGAUGGAUACUUAAUAUAAAAUUCAGAUAUAUAUAUAUAUAUAUAUAUAUAUUGGGUCAUCCCAUAAAUAAUGCAGUUUUCUUAUACUUCUUUUAUUUUUCAAAAUUAAGGUAAACAAAGUUCUUUUAUAAUCUAAAGUAUACUCUCCUUCAUUUUCUAUAAUGCUCUCCCAUCUAUCUGGUAGACUUGCAAGGCCCCUCGUCCAAAAUUCACUUAUCCGUGAUGGAAAAAAUUUUCUCCAGUACUGUUCUACUCCAGCCUUUGGAAUGUCAUCCUCACUGUAUGUGGUCAAACAUUAUUCUGAUAAAAGAAUACCUUUGAAACCAAAGAUGGUCAUUUUCCUUUUAGUGCUGACUUAAGCCACUCAAGCUGCUUGCAGUAGACCUUUGUUAUCGUUUGGUUUGGGUUUAAAAGUUCAAAGUGGACAAAACAGUUCAUAUUCCAUGAAACACCUUACGUAGGUGAAGACCUUCUUUAGCCUGGGGUGCCGGUGUUUCUCCUUUCCCUACCCACUGUCUUCAGUGCUUGACAUUUUAUAGAAAACACGUUUCUCAUCACUAGUCACUAUUUGGUCCAAAAAAGGUCUAUUCGUGAGACAUGACAACAAAGAAGAGCACACAUUCACUCUGUGUGCGAUUAGACUCGGAUAGUUUGUGAGGAACCCAAUUUGCUGACUUUUCCAAUGGCAUGCAGGUAUCAGUGAAUGGUUGAAUGACCAAAUCCAAGCUUCUGUGCUAGUUCCUCAACAGUUAGUGGGAUUUUGCAGGACGUCAUCGUCAAACUUUACAGAUCUUCAAGAACAAGGCCUAUCCUCUAGGCUGUAGUUUCCGGCUCAGAAUUUUUUGAACCAUCGUUGACACUGGCUUACACUUAUUGUCCAAUCCCCAUAUACUGUAUUAAUAUUCCUUGCACUUUCCAUUGUGUUGUUGCUUUUAUUGAACUCAUGAAACUAAAUAUGCUCCUCUGUCACUUUCAUUAUAACUUUGAGAAAAUAAUUGUUAAAAUCGAACUGCACUCUUCAAAACUGGCAGUAAGAAUAAGGACAAGGUAAAAUUACUACCUGCUUUUAUAGCAAGUUGAUACUGGUAGUUUAUCCCAUCCCCCUCCGACUUUUAGUUCAUGCAAUUGAAAACACAGCAUUAUUUAUAGAAUGACCCUAUAUAUGUGUAUGUGUAUAAAUAUGUAUGUGUGUGUAUAUACAUUUAUGAAUUUGUACUGCAAGGUUCCUGAUGUGAAGUCGUGUGUUGAAAAAUGUAUUUCAAGAUGGUCUUUUUUUUUUGCCAAAUAAACACAUGUACUAUA